ACGCUACGUCACAUUCAUGAUUCCACUGCUGAAUUAUAUAUCCUUACGCACCCUUGCCAAGGAGAGGUACCUCUAGUUACCUAUAAUCCACUCCAACUUUUUAGCUGCUUAGCUGUUUAACUGCUAUCGGAAAUCGGAAAUCACCAUCACUUCACGCGCAUCCCACACGAGACCUAAUUCCAAUUCCAACUGCCGACCAUGAGUACCAACCGGCAAGAUACCGACCUAAUAGACCUUUCGCCGCCCUCCUCCGGCCUCUCUACCCCCGUAUCCCGCCGUUCCCAGUCCCAGUCCCAGUCCCAGUCCCACGCCAACUCGCACAAGUCCCCAGAGUCCAAACCACAAUCUCCUCCACCCCAGGGCUCUUCCUCCUCCCCCGGUGGUGGUGGUGGCGGCUACGGCAUGAUCCUCGGCCUCUGGCGCCGCUUAUCCUCCCUUGAGGUGCCCUUGUCUCCCCCUUCCCACGCGCAGAUGUCCAAUGCCAAUUCGGAACCCGCAGGCGCAGGCGACGGUAUAACAAGACCGUUCGUCCCGCCGACGCGCCGCACGCCGUCGCCUCUGCGCGGGCUCCCUUCUCUCGAGCCCUUGGUGCUGCACGGCUACCGCGCCGACACCCGGACUGACGAACGGCUGCUGGCGCACGGCCUGGCCGAGGAGAUCAGGACGUUCUUGCCCGAGCGGUUGAAGAUUAUGGACGACUGGCGGUUGGUGUAUAGUUUGUCCCAGGACGGCAGCUCGUUGUCUACGCUGUAUAAGCGGUGCGAGGAGUACCGCGGACGGAGGGCCGGGUUCGUUCUUGUUGUGCGGGAUGGGAAGGAAGGGACCUUCGGCGCGUACUUAACAGAAGCACCGCACCCAGCACCAUCCUACUUCGGCACAGGAGAAUGCUUCCUCUGGCGCGCAAGCCUCCACGCGCCUCUCCCCCCGCCCCCCUCCGCCGACACGUCCAACAUGAACUUCCGCACAACGACAGUAGCCUCCCCGACCACCAACACCAACUCCAACGCCACCACUACCACCACCACCAACGCCAACUUCCCACGCGUCGACCAGCAGCCCGCAAGCCAGCUACAGCCCGCGCCGACCGACCUAGAAACCGGCAAGGCCGCAGCAGCAGCCUCGGUGCAGAGCAUCCGGUUCCAGAACUUCGCGUACACGGGCGCCAACGACUACUGCAUCUUCUGCGAGACGGGCUUCCUGUCCGUGGGGGGCGGCCGCGGCGGCACGUACGGCCUCUGGCUGGAUCACGGGCUGACCCGCGGCCAUAGCGCGCCGUGCGAUACGUUUUUGAACCAGCCGCUUAGCGACGAGGGCGAGAAGUUCGAUGUGUUUGGCGUGGAGAUGUGGGUUGUAGGCGGUUGAUGCAUUGGUUGGUUGGUUGGUUGGAUAGAUAGAUAAUGUGGUAGUAGGGGGCGUUCGUUGUGGGUAUGGGGAUAGUAGCAUUUAAGAGUCCUUUGGCCUGACACGACUAAUAGGGAUGGAGCGGGACUGGGGCACGAUGUAUCGUGUUGAUUACGGCGAGUGUUUGUACAAGCAGCAAGGAAACGAAUGGGAAGCACGUCGUGGUGCAGUACGGUACGGUUGCGGUAUACCGGCUAACGAGCCAAACCCGACCAGGCAAGGAUGGAAAAGGGGCUGGAAAUACCCAGCAUAUUAAAACACCGAGGUCAUGACUAGGGCAAAUAGGCGUUCCGGCUCCAUAGGGACAGGCAAGCAA